CCAAAUAUGUUUCCUUUAUAAUUUGAAGUUAUGGGAGUGGUGGCGCACCAGUACGAGGCUACCAUUCAAACCUCGUAUAAAUAUUUGUUUUUCCCACUCAUCCGUAAAGCCCAGAAACAAACGAGGGUUUAUACAAAACAAAAGUACAUUGUAUCAGUUGCCAUGACGAGGCUCCUCAGAACGAUCUUCAUCGCGCACAAGCUCCACCUCCGCAACCCCAACCGCAUUCUUCCAUCUCUCGUUUCCCACUACUCCUCCGCAACCACUGACUCAUCCGAUCCCACUGAGGUCCAAAAAACAACAAUCCAAUCCACCGGAAGUUGGAGCAGCUACGCAAACGUCUAUGACCGCCCGGUCGCGCAGCCCGAGCCAAGCGCGCAACCCGAGCCAAGCGCGCAACCCGAGCCAAGCACGCAACCCGAGCCAAGCGACCACAGCGACGAAGACGAAGGCGAAGACGAAAACCCUAGCAGCAGCAGCAGGAGUAGAGCACUGAGUUUCGCAGUGACCAAGAGAAGGGGGAAGGUGAAAACUCAGUGGGUGUGCGAGGUUUGUGGAUACACAGUAGGGCAAUGGUGGGGGACAUGCCCCUCCUGCAAAGUAUCUGGCACAAUGAUAGAGUAUAACGAAACCAAAUUAACCGACAGGCACCGAGGUGGCUUAGCCGUUUCCGAGGAUUCCGUGGCCUCGUGGCUCCCCCAGCGGUCCCAAGAGUUGCGCCCCCUCAAAUUGGACGAGGUCAACCGUGGAUUCGAUCACGAGAAAUGGAGAAUUCCUUUAUCCGGGUCUUUUGGAAAUGAGAUUUCUACCGUGCUUGGUGGAGGUCUUGUACCAGGUUCUUUAACUUUAGUUGGUGGUGAUCCGGGUAUUGGGAAGAGCACUCUGCUGUUGCAGAUUGCAGCAAUGAUAGCGAAAGAAGGCAGUGAUGGUGGAGCACCUCCAGUUGUAUAUGUCUCUGGCGAAGAGAGCCUUCAGCAAAUAGGUAAUAGAGCAGACCGCCUUGGGAUUCAAUCCAAUAUUUAUUUAUAUUCAAGUACUGAUAUUGAGGACAUAUUGAUGAAAACUCAUCGUCUAUCCCCUCGUGCUCUGGUGGUUGAUUCUAUACAAACUGUUUACCUGAAAACAGUAGUAGGAAGUGCUGGAGGGAUUAUGCAGGUGAAGGAAUGUACUGCUGCUUUGAUGCGAUUUGCAAAAACAACUAACAUCUCAGUUUUUUUGAUAGGACACGUGACUAAAUCUGGAGAGCUAGCGGGACCUCGUGUCUUGGAGCAUAUCGUCGAUGUUGUUUUGUAUAUGGAAGGUGAGAAGUACUCUCCAUAUCGAAUGCUUCGAGCUGUGAAAAAUCGGUUUGGAUCCACUGAUGAGCUUGCAGUUCUUGAGAUGUCACAGUCAGGACUCCAGGCUGUUUCAAAUGCCAGUGAAAUGUUUCUCACUCAACAACACACUGAUUCAAAUGUUUUAACUGGGCUUGCUAUUGCAGUAAUAAUGGACGGUACAAGAACUUUUUUAAUUGAAAUUCAGGCACUUUGCCUUUCACAAUGUUCUGUUUCAAGUUCGGUAUUUAAUGGGAUCCAGGCAAACAAAGCUAAUAUGAUUAAAUGUGUUCUUAUAAAGCAAGUGGGUCUUCAUCUCCAAGAAAAUGCUAUGUUUCUGAAUAUUGUUAGCGGAUUGACAAUGUCAGAGACUGCUGGAGAUCUUGCAAUAGCAGCUGCAAUUUGCAGCAGUUUCUUGGAGUUCCCUAUUCCAGAAGGGACUGCAUUCAUUGGGGAAAUUGGCCUUGGUGGAGAGCUUCGCAUGGUUCCUAGAAUUGAUAAAAGGGUUAAUACAUUAUCGAAGUUGGGUUACAGAAUGUGUGUAGUACCAAAGCAAGCUGAAAAACUUUUAGGAAACGAAGUUCCAGAGAAGUUGAAAGUUGUAUAUUGCAACGAUCUGAAAGAGGUUAUUGACGCUGUAUUCAGAAGAGAUAAUUAAGAGAUGCUGGCGGUGUUAUGCAGAUCUCACUUUCUUUUGAUAGCUAAGGUGUAAGUUGACCCUUCAAAAGUUUGUAAAUAUAGAUGCACUCAUUGUGGCUUAAAAUACCACAAAAGAUGGACUAUAUUUGGUUUUAUUUGGCGUCAAUUAUCCAAUUUGAUCGUACGUUAAUUAAAUUUGAUCAUGGAACUUGAGUUACCACAUUUUAAAGGCAUAUUAAAGUGUUAUUUAUGUUCGUGCUCUG